AUGGAUACGCCGAACCAUUCACUUGGUUUGGACCAAGAAGAAAUGAACCUUGAUUGUGGGGAGGUAUGUAUUCGUUGUGUACCCAGAAGUAUUGAGUUAACCGAAAAUCAAGUGAAACUAGUUGGCUCUAAGCAUGUAAUCACUCAUCUGCUUGAUUAUAAGUCAUGGCAAAAACAAGCCUUGUUUGUUGGAAGCAUUAAAGUAGAGACAACAAAUAAUAAUCGUUUAAGUCUACAAGGAAUUAAAAAAACACUUGAUGAAAAUAACGUUCAUAGUUCAGUGGAUAUAGUAGUGAUACGGUUAAAAAUAUACUCUUUUGUACCAGAAAAAGAACAGGAAUUAAUAAUUGAUAUGAUUAAUAAAAAAGUAAUUGAGUUGCAGAACAUUAACCGCCAGUCAAAACAACAAAUUACUACUACUAUCCAACUUCCACAACUUAAAAUAAGUAAUGAGCAAUUUGGUCAGCAACUGGCUCACUAUGGUAAUCAUUAUUUUCAAGGCUCUCCUGUUUGUAAAAGAAGUGGUUUGGAGGAAUAUUACGUGCAAAGUGAUAAUCAAUGA